GGCUCUGAGGGGAAAACAGAAAGAGGCCGAGCCAGGCCGAGCCGCGUCGGAAGCAGGCCGGCCGGGCGAGGGGAGGAAGGCGAGGACGGUGCUCGCUGCCCGCGCCGCGCUGGCGCCGGGAGACCCGCCCGAGAUGCCGGUGCGGAGCGCCUGCCGCUGCCCUCCGGAGGCCCCGGGAGGAGCCUCGUCCGCCGCCCGCCUAGAGCCGCCGCCGCCCAUCAACACGGCGCAGCCCGGCGUCAGCACCAGCCGCCUCUACAGCGGCGCCAAGUUCCGCGGGCAGCAGCGCUCCAAGGGCAACGCCUACGAGGUGGAGGUGGUCGUCCAGCACGUGGACAUGGAGAACUCCUAUCUCUGUGGAUACUUGAAGAUUAAAGGCCUUACGGAGGAAUAUCCAACCCUUACGACUUUCUUUGAAGGGGAAAUAAUUAGUAAAAAGCACCCGUUUUUAACGCGGAAGUGGGACGCAGAUGAAGACGUGGAUCGUAAACAUUGGGGGAAGUUCCCAGCCUUUUACCAGUACGCAAAAACAUUUAACUCUGAUGACUUUGAUUAUGAGGAUCUGAAGAACGAUGACUUUGUCUUUAUGAGGUGGAAGGAACAGUUCCUGGUCCCUGAUCACACCAUCAAAGACAUCAGCGGUGCUUCCUUUGCUGGGUUCUAUUACAUAUGCUUCCAGAAAUCUGCAGCAUCUAUAGAAGGCUAUUACUAUCACAGGAGUUCAGAAUGGUAUCAGUCUCUGAAUUUGACUCAUGUCCCAGAGUACAGCGCACCCAUUUAUGAAUUCCGGUGACAGCGAUACCAAGAGUGGCGCCGAGAGAUGGCCAGUGGGGCCAGGGGGAGAGAGAGAGAGAGCAUGCUCUGUUAAGACAACUGCGAUGUCCCUGUCAGGACAGGAGACUCCAGGCUCUUCUCCUGUCGGGCUACCGGAUUGGUGUGAGAGCGUGAAUGUGAAGCCUGAGGCUGCCGGAGCCUGACCCUUCCUCCAGCUGCGUGGCAAACUUGAUACUUUAAUCUGGUUUUAAAGCUACCAUUCAAUGCACUUUUCUUAUUGCACAGCUAGUCUCUUUACCACUGAAAAAACUCCUGCCCCUUUCGGAGGAGGAAAUGGCUGCGCCCAGCUGGAUUUCCUUAGAGUAGAGGAAAACGUAAGCUGCUGCCGGCUUAUGUCUCUCCGCACUUUGCUGUAGCUCAUGGGUUCUACUUAAGAGCAAGUCAUCCACAGAUGCCCUUUCCUUUCGAGCCUCAGCAUUGCAUGAGGCUCCUGUGUGCAUCACACCCAGCUGCGGCAUCCACUAUGGGAAGCAGUUGGCCAAGAGGAGGAGGGCCUAGCAAAUCGCCCGUUCCUGUUGGCUAGCAAGGCUGCAUCUCUCAGGAACGCUAGCCAGUCACAGAGGCGUAAGCCGUUGUCUUGGAUUGCACCGAGGGGGGAAUGGCUUAACAGGCCAUAUUAGUGGGAAACGUAAUGAUGCUUAUGCAAAGUCUCAGAUCUUAAAGGAAAAACUUUAAGGACUUCGUACAAAAAGAGAGAGACCAAGAGCUAUUUUUAUGGCCACCCCUCAAAAAAAGACUCAACGGUAUAUGCAAAUUGUCUCUCAUUACAUUUUUACCAUGGCUGCUUUCCCUGAACCCCCUCAUGGUGAAAGCAGUGAAAAGUCAGUGUUGGUUGAUGGUGGUGAUCUCUCUGUGCAACAAUCUAGCAGUGUUGACACCCGCUCAUCCUAGCGCAAUCGCUUAGCGGUGGUGUGAAUAUUCAGCUCCAUGCACAUGCUCCCAUUUCUCAUGCUACAGGAAACAUUUGAUGUUUGCUAUGAUUUCUAUCAGGGAAAAACAAACCUCCUAACUCUCCAUUAAAAUAAACUGCUCUCCAAGGACUUGAAAAUGUUCAGAAACAUAA